CAUUCGACCACUAUGGCAUCAAUCCGGUCACUUCCUUCACUCGUACGGAAACAAUUCAAGUUAGCUCAAGAGAGCGGAGACUUGACAUUCUAUGCCACUCAAGUCGCAAUUCUUCAUUGUGCUGGCCUUCCCUUCCAAGUUCGAUUCUCACCUGCUUUAGCAAAUAAGCCAAAGUCGAACAAAUCUGCAGACUCAAAGCAUGUCGAUCCCUUCGAGAAACCUCCUCAAGGACUGUUCAUCACCGAUGUUGCUCCAGCACACUACCUUGUUUUGAACAAGUUUCCAGUCAUCCCUGGUCAUUUUAUCCUGGCUACGAAAAGUUUUAAGAAGCAGACAGAUCUGCUAGAAGCAGAUGACUUAGAUGCCGCAUACCAAUGCCUCAAAGCCUACAAAGAAGAGGGAGAGGAGUUGUUCGGGUUUUUCAACAGCGGUGAACAUUCUGGUGCCAGUCAACCUCAUAGACACAUACAAUUUCUUCCUGUGGACUCAAUGCGCAAUGGAAUCGAGCAAGGCAUCACAUGGGAUGUGUUGGUAGAUGGCCUGAGUAGCAGCCCUCCGCCAGAGCUUCCAUUCAGCUACUUUGCUGCACCAAUACCCGCAAAUCCCAGUUCAAACCAGCUCAGGGAAAUCUACUUAGAACUUCAUGGGAAAGCCUGUCGCCUCUCCAACGUGGAGAUAACUGCAUCAGGCGAAUCAUCAAUCAGUUACAACUUAGGUCUUACAGACCGGACAAUUGUUUUGUGUCCACGAACUUCAGAAGGUAUGGAUAUUCAACUUGGUGACGGACAGUCCUUAGGACCAAUUGCUCUCAAUGGCACAGUCUUGGGAGGAACGCUUCUUGUGAAGACCGAAGAUGAGUGGGAUGCGUUACGCAAGGACGAGUCAAGAUUGCUGGACACCCUGAACGCGAUUGGGAUCUCCAACACCACGAAUCACCAGAAUUAUGAAGGACGCCUUUGAGUUUCAUUAUUACGCACACUUAACUUGCACUUUUUCAAGUCCCGAUUACAACAAUUCAACACGUAAAACGCGAACGCACCAGAUCUCACCGCAUUCAUACACGCCUGACGUCCCGAGUCGAGAUUUGGAGACUGAAAAUCCGAUGGCUGUCGAGGCAGAAUCUGCUGCUUUUGUUGACUGUGAUGACUCGUGUUACCUCCUUGGGGUCGAAAUCGUCUUAUGGUUCUC